GCUGCCGGAUGUUGGUGUGUUCAUUUGCGUAUGUCCCCGGGCCCGGCGUUUCCUGCGACGGAGCUCACGCCAUAUUUUUGUCGGGUCUACGAGGAUACGGAGAGCGCGUGGCAACGCAUCAAACGCAGUUUGCUCCUCGUCGGAUCUCGAUCUACGCUUGAAGAACAUCGGCGAUGAGCGACAUCGAGAGAAGCGGUAGUCGUAGCGCAAGCCCCCGUCGACCACGCACCGCGGACGGCGGCCUGAGGGACUCGCGGUCGCACUCGAGGUCGCGCAAGUCGCGCGAACGGAAGGAUUCUCAUAGGGAGGUCAAGUACUCGAGGUCGCGCAGUCGUUCCGCGUCGCGCGGUCGAAAGUCCUACCGCGGCAGCAAGUACACCAACGUCGGCCACCGCAGCAGUCGCAGCCGAAGCCGCUCGCCGUAUCGCGGCGGUCGUUACUCCCGCAGUAGAUCCCGCUCGUACUCGCGAUCGCGCUACUCGCGCGAUCGCCACGUCUACCGUUCCCACUCGCGUAGCCCGAUGUCGUCCAGACGACGGCACAUCGGCAACCGCGACAAUCCCUGCCCCUCUCGAUGCCUAGGUGUCUUCGGACUCUCCAUUUUCACGACUGAACAGCAGAUCCAACAUAUAUUCUCGAAAUACGGCCCGGUAGAACGAGUACAGGUCGUUAUCGACGCAAAGACUGGACGCUCUAGAGGAUUCUGCUUUGUAUAUUUCGAAUCGUCCGAGGAUGCCAAAGUGGCCAAGGAGCAAUGCACCGGCAUGGAAAUCGACGGUCGAAGAAUCAGAGUGGACUUCUCCAUUACUCAGCGUGCCCACACUCCUACCCCGGGAAUAUACAUGGGAAAACCCACGCAUCUUCACGACAGAAGCUGGGAUGCGCCCAGACGUAGAGAAGUUAACUACAGAGGAAGCUAUCGCCGCUCACCCAGCCCGUACUAUAGCCGCCGGCGUUCACGUUACGACCGUUCUAGAACGCGCUCCUACUCGCCGCGUAAGUACAACCCCCACUUAAAUUUGCGUACAUAAUAUAAGCUGUCUACAUGGAUAUGUGUCUCAUCCCUGUGCUAAUAUGUAUAUUAUAACACACGUUUAUAUACAGAAUUGCAAAUUGUCUAGCAAGAACUCGAUACUUGCGUAACUUGACGCACAACGGUGCCUAACCGUGACGUACGCUUGUUCCUCUUACUUCACUUCGUCUCUUGCUGUACUUGAACACUUGACACGAAAAUGUUACAUGGAGAAGAAUUCCCGUAUGUUUCGUAACGCUUUCUUUCUAGAGAAAGACACUCUGUUAUGGCCGGGCGUCUUGCUGUGUCAUGUACAUUAAUUAACUGCUCUCUUGGAGAUAUUUAUGAACACUGUGGAAUCUAAAAGAAAUUACGUACAUACAUUGCGCGAGAUAGUUGAGGAAAAUAGAAUCGAAGCGCUUGGUAUCGAUGCUGCUUAUUAUUAGCUUGAAGAGAGACGAUUUUGCGCGCGUUCCGUUUCGUUGCAUCGUAAAGAGCCGUCGAGCAAUAAUCGUCGGGAUAUAACACGCCAUCCGGAUUCAUAUUUUCGUAGACCGCUUAUAUUUCUAAUCGAAACGGUAAUGUUGAUUGGGUUGCCAAGUAAGUAUUUAAGUUAGCAAGAAAACGGCAGACGGGAACAUCAGAGAAAAUGCGCUUGAUAAAAAAUCGUAACGGUAGUAGCUAAGCAGCAAUCCGUAACCUGCGUAAACAAUCAUAGUUUUUUUGUUGCUUAAUGAAUUUCAGGUCGAUAUUAAGUGACAUGAAGUGAGGCCAGGCCAGGUCGUUACGGCACAUCCAAUGACUUUGACCCAAAUAUUUCUUCAACGGGUCAAAAUUAUGAAAUUAACGAAAUCAUAUUAUAUCACUAUUCUUACCUUACCUAAUUCUGCAUCGUAUGCGACACCGUCUCGCAGGGCGUUUUAGUUACAAUACCAUAAACGAUACCGAUAACACUGUUGACGGAAAGAAAAGUGGCUAAUGUAGUAGAGCAUAGCAUACCGUUUGCACGAAAAUCAGUAAGGUUAGAAUAGAUGUAAAACCUUAUUUUCAUAAGUUUAUAUUGCUUCCUAUCGAUGUUAUGAAGAUAAGGUUUCAAUUGUGUAAAGAUACAAGGCUAUAAUGUGAAAGCUGGAAUAUAAUUGGGCGCUCGACAUUUGUGCUGUCUUUAGCUUACAGUUGUAUUCCAGCCGUUGGGUAGAUUCUUCUAAAAAACAAAUGUGGAAAUAUUCUCUUUAACGAAAAAAAAAAAUAAAGCACACCUAAAUAAGAAAAAGCAAGAAAACGAAAGAUAUGAAAAAAAAACAGAAAAAUAAUAACAAGCUUCGAAUAAAAAAAAGUAAGUUCUCUAACCUAUUUGUUUGUUUAUAAGGUUUUGAAUCAAGAGGUAUUGGAUGAUAGAGGGAAGUUUGAAGUUUCACUCUGAAAAAAUGAGUUUUGAAAAGUCGAAGACAAGAUAUUUGAAGACACGUUAAUCUUGCUCGCAUUGUCAAGAGUCAGAAGGUUUUCUCGGUUGCUUGUGACAAAGAAUAUGAUCUGCAAUUCAUUUCCGGCUGAGAAGCCUCAAGCCUAGAAGAAAACGUCAAGUAGUGCAAGCCCGAAGACAGAAUCGAGUUGGUCGUCAGACCCCCGACCGGGACGGAGUUCAUUUGGUUGGGGGUGAAAACAGGGCCGAACGUGUUUCCGAAAAAUAUUCAAGAAGUUCAUCGAAAGUCUUUCGUAGAAUAGGGACGAGCGUAAGGUGCUCCCAGACCUUUAUACCGAUCAUAUUCUUUAUCAGUUGGUUUGGUUGCCACACGCCAUUUUACUCUAGAGAACUGUGUACACAUAUAUACAUAUAUGUAUGUACAUACGCACCCGUAUAUAUGUACAUAUACAUAUAUAUGUUUAUACGCAGAUCUCUACAUAUACAUAACGUGAAAAUAAAAAUAAAAGUUCGUAUAUUUCCUUUAUCACAUCCUCUCCCUCCACCAUCCUGAAACCUCCGUUUCCUCCAAGAAGACCUCAUGCUAUUAUGAAUUUUUACCUAGUAGUACUAGAACUAUCAUAGCAUUUUGUCAAUAAAUGUUGUUUCUACUACGACCGACUUUGAUCCCUGUCCUUUUGAUGGGUUGGUUUCUUCUUCUUUUCUUUUUCUUUUUUUUUUACAUUGCGGAGUUCGGGGCGCGUAACACGCGAAUGGCUUUUUACACUUAGGAUAAAAGUAAUGCUGCGGAUUGAUCCUUCCCACUGAUAUCCCUGCGUGUUAUCAUUGCCUUUGCAAACCUCUGAGAUCUUAAUCUUGUAGAAGUGUGCGAUGAAAGUCCACUUGUCGGGGCUUUGUCUGAAAUUUAAUGCCAAUAAAGUCAGCUUCCAGUAAA